AUGGACCGAGCCGAACUGAAUCUUCCCCGGCUUACGAGCGAGGAAUUGGCCGAUCCUUUCACAUCGGUCACUAUUAAUGGGUUCGAGGUGAAGCUGUGGCAGGUCGCCCAUCACUACGAUGCCCAUCACGACAUUCCCGAGCCGGCGAGACGAAUUGGUGCCACUUCUGCCGAUUUCAGAUCGCGGCAUCCAAAACCACUCGUCUCCGCCAAUCUGCCGUCAACUGAUGACCACGUCAACGAAGGACAAGCACGUCCGGACUCCCCGCCGCUCCCCACAGAGGCGCCUCCCAGUCAAUCUCCCAGCCAAGGACGGCCGACCAGGAGAGAUCCUUUGGAGAUCGGCGAUCUUCUCUCGCUGGUGGAUGACUUGGCCAACAGAGUCCGGGCCUUGGAAGCUGCACAAGCCAGGGAAACCAAUUCGCAGCGACGAGUAGUGUCAGCCGAUCCACCGUGGGUCAAGGAAGCUCACGCGGCCAAAACCAAUGCCCCGGCUAGGGCCGUGUCCGAUCCGCAGCCUGGCGGGCUAGGCGAGGGCCAAACCAAAUCUGGUUUGAAACCGCCGCUAUUGAACCAAGUGCAGCAGCUGCACCCAACCCCCGGUCUCCUGCAGCGGCGGCCAAGCUUCCUGAAAUACCCAUACGAGGAAGAUAAACCCGCGGACAGGAGCAGCGCUGAAGCAGGAAGUAAAGCACGGUCGAACCGAGCCACGUCCUCCGCCUCUUCUUCCUCGGGACCGGCAGGACCGGCAGCUUCACAGCCACUGCACAGGCCAGUGACACCGGCGCCGGCAGAAGCAGAAAAGAGCGAGGCAGAAGGCGACGAGCCCGUCUUGACAUCGCGCUGGAGCCCGGACAGUUCGCCCGAACCGCUGUCGAAGAUGAAGAGAGUGAAGAAGGUGCUCAGCCUGGCCAGGCUGCGGCCUCGCAAAUCCAAGGCGGCGCUGGCCCGGGCAGCGGCAAACGAAGCGGACGGAUGA